AGAAAGAAAAUAUCUAACUGGAUAAUACAGAAAAAUAAAAAAAAGAUUUAUUUUUCAAAGUAGAACAAUCAUGGGUUUUCAUUAAAUUUAAGAUUAAAUUUUUCUAAAUUACUAUAUCUUCGUCUCUUAUGACAAGUUCGUUUUUUCGUCGUCGCUAUGGCUCCUGCUGUAACACAGGUAAGGUCGAGGAUAUUGUGAACACAGCAAUAUCUUGUAAUGCCGACGUAUCACAAAAGAGUAGAACAAAAAACCUUCCAGCUGGGUGUCAAGGAAGUGACUUAUCGUUGUCAGACCGUUCUACAUCAGAUGAGUCAUUUCGAGACACUCGCAAGUCAGCUCAACACAGUUUUGGCAUUUUUCUCAAUCCUGAAAAGAUAUGGUUACCAAGUAAAACAGUAAGCCUUUUAUCCGACAACUCAAAGCUCGAAGAUUCCAUUCCCGUUUCGCCGUACUUUCGUUCAAGCGAACUUGUUAAUGUGAAAAAUCCUGAUGAACAAGAGAAAGAGCGAUUGACGCACACUCAAGACGAUUCUCAUAAAUAUAAAUCACCUACAGAGUCAACAAGUACAACUCUUGUGAAUGAUAGGCUAAAAUUAGGGUUAAAACAAGAGGAAGCACCAGUGGUGGACAGCUCUCUUGAUAAAACAUUGGAGGAACCGGACGUUUUAAAAAAAAUGUAUCCUGAAAUCUAUGAGACAGUUCAUUUACAAUUUCACCAUCAAGUGGAGACACUUCAAAUGAAUUUGAAUCAGGAAAUACAAAAGCGUCAGAAAGCAGAAAUAUUUGCGUCUAUACGUCAAAAACAAUAUCAAGAAAUUUUACAACAUAUGACAGUCUGUGAAGAAAUUUUAAAUUGGUUUAAAGAACGUUAUCCGAAUCAUUUGAAUCUUGAUGAAUUUAAAAGUAAAUCUGCUGAUCAACUUAUUUAUAAUGAAAAAGAGUUAUUUCGAAUGCAAAAAAUAAUCGAAAAUAUGACAUUUGAAAAAGAACUAUUUCAAAAAAUCUUGAUACAAAAAGAUAAAGAAUUAGUAGCUUUGAAAAAUAUGGAUCCUACUUUCAAAUCACUUUCUGUUUUUGAAUUAACUACAAAAGCCGUUUCACUGUUACAAGAGAGUAAGCAAUCGGAGCAAAUUAUCAGCAACAAUACGGCGCAAUUGGAGGAUGCCAAAGAGAAAAUAAAUGAAUUACAGGAAGCGAUUAAUAAGCUAAAGGAGCAAUUGGAUAAAACGCGAACAGAAAAAACAUCCGCAUUAUCAUUACUAGAAAAAUGUAACAUACGGUUAGGAAACCUAGAAGUAGAAUUAGAAGAAAGAAAAAUACAAGAGAAUAUAAGCAAGAAGGAAGAUGCUGUUGUGUCAAAUCGUCAAACAGAGCAAUACUUACGUUUAGUAGACGAACUCGACAUAGCAACGGAACAAUUGGCUAAAUUUCGAGACGAACUUGCGUAUCGAGAUAAAUUAAUUGUUACAUUAAAAUCGGAAAUUGUAAGACAGUCGAUAUAUAAUCAAAAUGCUGAAGCCCGAAUUUUAUACUUGUCGAAAUGCGUUCCAAAACCAGCGAAUCUUCAACAUUCAAAAAAAGCGUCGUUUUUUGAUAAUCCCACUCACCGUUUAGCUACUUGUAAUAAAUCGAUAUCAGUUUUGUCUUCUCGUAAAAGCCACUGUUAUAAUUCUCACGUUUCGACGUCACCAAGAGUUAACGCACAUAAUGCUACGAAUCACACAGAUUCUAAAAACCUUCGUUCCACGUCUACUCUAAUGUGCCCUACCCAAUCCUCUUUAAAAAAACGUGUUUCGUUUUAUUGAUAUUUAUCUAGUUAACAUUUUUUUUAAAACAGCUUUGUUACAAUAAUUUCUAUUUUCCUUAUCAUAAUAUAUAUAACACUUUUUUUUAAGGCUACCACAUUAAGUAUAUACAUUUGCUCUUAAUGUUGUGACAAGUAACACGUAAAAAGAAAGAUAGGUUUAACUUAACAGGCUCUUGGUCUUUUGUCAAGUAAUCUUUACAAAAAAAAAACAUUUAACAAGGCAUCAGGAGAUGAAAUCUGAUAAUGAAAUUAUAAAUUAUUGUGAGGAAAAAUUUUUUAAAAUGGAUUGGUCAAGACAGAUUUAUCUUGACUCCUUAAAGCUCUACGAUACUAUUUUUUCUCUACAAAAUCAUCAAGACUCUAAGACAUUAUGGGCUUUAUACUAUGUAGUUGAAAAAUCAAUUAAAAUUUUACGUAAAACGUUAAGGUGUGUAAUCCCUUAAUUACAAUGAUAUCAACAUGACGCAUAUAAUUUAGGCUGUACUCAUUAGAAAAAACAAUUGUUGCAUUUAAUGGUGGAAAGGAUUCCGUUGUGGUUUUACACCUUUUUCUUGCAUGUUACGCAGCCGCCUUUCGUGCAAAUUUACAAUGUUUGUCAUGUCGAUUGUUUCCAUUUUUUUUUAAACUUCUUUUUAACGUUGCAAUAAAGCCCAAACAGAUAUAAAACUUCCGCUUCAGCCCACUAUAGUAUUUUUUCAAUCCGCACAUGAAUUUGAUAAUGUUCUUUCUUUUGUUACUCAAACAGCAAAAGACUUGGACUGCGAUUUCAGAUGUUAUCCUG